GCCUAUGAGGACAACCAAGCAGUGCUGGCGAUAAUCGCCAAGGGCUACAGCCCGAAACUCAAACAUCUGGCCAAAUUCCACCGCAUCAACGUAGCGAGCACUUGCGAAGCCUUCUCGGUGGAGGACAUCCUCAUCGAGUACAUCAGUACAAGCCAUCAAAAGGCAGAUGUCAUGAACAAGGCUUUACCAGUGUCGGUUGAAGUCACCAGCGGUAUGGGCUUCACCUGCUGUUUGCUUGGUGCUUUGUGCUAUGCGCGGGCAAAGCAUGGGCAGCUCCUUGAUCGUGGCUUUGAAGAACAGGGUGCGACGGAGCUGCUCACAGUUCGAGAUGGAGGCCCCCUGGCGGAGACCGAGCAUUUGACAACGCUAUUCCGGCGAAGCUAGCGCAUUCAAAUUCAGAUCGCCAACAUGCGUGUUUGAUGCAACGGAUCCUUUCUGGCGCUCAGCGAUCCAAAUUGGAAGAGGCUCUAAAGGGAGGACAUUCACAUUCUUUUGCUGGGUGUGCCAAAUAUGAUUGAAAACAAGAGGAUUUUGAGGUGUUAAUUUUUGCGGUGCUCUUGUCCAGGCAAUGCGGGAAGAACCCCGUGCUAGACUCAUACGCGCAUCACAUUGCAGAAACAAAA